AUGGAUCGUGCUUCUAAACAGGGUGAAAUUACUUUGGAAAAAUGCAUUGGUAACAACAGUGGUGACAUCAUAGGCGUAAAUAAUCAGAGAUGUUUUCAGAGAGGCCCUGACGAACUGUUGUCGUCGAUACAUGGAACCUUCCUAGCGCCAGUGAUGACUGUAGAUUCGGAACCGAAAAAGGCGAAACUUGAUCCUACAGCCUUAUAUUCGCAGUAUAUUAGCCAGAUGAACGGUCUCACUACGGCACAACUGUUGGCUGGGCAACCACUUGCACAAAUAGCCGCCCCUACGCACUGCUCAGCUUCUUCCAGUACACCUCGGUCACGGGUCGUUCAUAUUCGGUAA